AUGGCGGAACGGCACCUUUGGUCGUUUGGUGCGCGGCAUCCCGUCCUUGGGAUUGCUCUGUUGAGCGCCACAGUCCUCGUUGUAGUCUGGAGGUUGAACGAAUAUGUCAAGGCGCGAAAAUACAAGUUGCCGCCACGGAUUCCCGGGAUCCCAGUAUUCGGCAAUACCUUUCAGCUCCCUCCCUUGAAGCAAGGGCUGUGGGGCAUGGAAAUGGCCAGGAAGUACGGCGAGAUGUUCACAUGCAGCAUUGGCGGUAAGACGUGGGUGUUUCUGAACUCGUCGCGCACUGUCAACGACUUGAUGGAGAAGCGGUCGUCCAUCUACUCGUCGCGCCAAUACAUGCCCAUGGCGUCAGGUGUGCUCUCGGGCGACAAUCGCAUUCUGCUGAUGCCUUACGGCGAACGAUGGCGCAUGAUCCGUCGCAUUAUGCACUCGAUCCUCAACAAGCAGAACUCCCCUGUCUUUGCGCCCUUCCAGGACAUCGAGUCCAAGCACCUCCUCUACGACUUCCUCCACCACCCGGAGCUGUGGUACUCGGCCACCCAGCGCUUCGCCAACUCGGUCAUCAUGAGCGUAGUCUUCGGCAAACGCAUGGAGCUGGAGGACCCCAAGAUCCGCGAACUUUUCGAGACGUCCAACGCCAUCAUCGAGGCCAUCCAGCCCUCGGCGAACCUCGUGGAUUCGCUGACCUUCCUGGAAAAGCUGCCAAAGCCUCUGCAGUGGUGGCGGCCCAGAGGGGAGGCCAUGUUCCAGAAGACUGUCAACAUCUACAGACGGGAGGUAGAGGAAUUGCAGCAGAAAAUGAAAAACGGGACCGCGAGGGAUUGCUUCGCCACCAGGUUUCUCAGGGAUCCCGAAACGAAGAGCUACGGGCCGACUCAGACGUACUUCGCCCUGGGAUCUCUCAUGGAGGCGGGCAGUGACACCUCACGCAUGACCAUCAGCCAGGUGAUGGCGGCCGCGGUCCUCGACAAGCGGUGGGUGGCAACGGCGCGGGAAGCCCUCGACAGGGUCUGUGGCAGGAAGGCUGAGCGUCUUCCGACUUUCGAGGACCGCAUCGAUCUGCCCUACAUCACCGCCACGGUCAAAGAGGCAUUUCGAUGGCGGCCAUUCGCCGAGAUUGGCGUGCCGCACAUGCUCAUCCAGGACGACGAGUACGAAGGCUAUAAAUUCCCCGCAGGGACACUGUUCACGUGGAAUGCGACGGCCAUCGCCAUGGACCCGCGAGAAUAUGAGCAGCCUGAACGGUUCUGGCCCGAGAGAUUCCUCAACGACGACCUCGACCACGUUUUGAAAGGACAUUGGAGCUUUGGACCAGGUCGACGCGUCUGCUCCGGAUACAAUGUGGGAGAGACGAACGUUUGGAUCGUGGUGGCCCGGUUGCUGUACUGUUUCGACUUUGAAGGCGUUCCCGGGAAGCCAAUCGACUCGUUUCAGGUCAACUGGGGAGAACAUCGAUUCGCACCCUUCGACGUCUCGAUCAGAGUUCGUAGCCCUGAGCACGCAGCCUUGAUCGAAAGGGAGGGAAGAGCUGCUGUGGAUACCAAGUACUAA